GUGCAGGGAGAAGACACAGCUACAUACAUCAUUUAGAGCUGAGGUUUGAAUUUGAAGUUACUGUAUUUGAGCACAAGUGUGUUAAGAUGUCAGAGGGAGUCCAUUAAAUCCCAAAUGAAUUUCAAGACGAUGAGCCUGAUGCAAUAAAGAACAAAGACAUUGAUGACCAAUUAUAUGCCAAAGUAAGAGCCUUCAAGCCCAGCCCAAGAGAUGGAGUUGUUGCUUCAGUGGUGGAAGAGACCCUCUGGAAUUGCUGCAGUGUAUCUGGGGCUGCUGUGUGUUCUCCUAUUGGCUGGGAUCAUAGGCCUGGCUCUCUACUAUGGAGUCAUUUGUCAUGACGACUCAACAGAGAGAGACCAGCUACAGACCAGUUACAACAACCUGAUCAAAGGGAAAUACCAGCUACAGACCAGUUACAACAACCUGACUGAAGAGAGAAACCAGCUACAGACCAGGGUUAGGUUCUAUGAGAAACCCUGUCUGGAUGGAUGGUGGAAGUUUGGAACCAGCUGCUAUUAUCUAUCUUCCACGAUGAACACAGCUGAGGCCGGUCAGAAGGAGUGCAGAAGAAUGGAAGGAGAGUUGGUUGUUUUAAACAGCAGAGAAGAACAGAUAUUCAUUAAUGGAUUUAAGAAGAAUGUCUGGAUUGGUACUUAUAAAAAAGACGGAAUCUGGCAGUGGGUUGACAACACACCGUUUACAACUACGUAUUGGAUGGAAGGGGAACCUAAUAACUUGAAUGACAAGGUGGCUUGUGUUGAGAUCUCACAGACAGCAACAGACCCAUUGAAGAGUUGGAAGGUCGGACCAUGUGUUGAACAACACUGGGUCUGUGAGAAACCAACCAAAUGUAAUUAUUGGUUAUCCCCGUGAUAGGCUUAAGAUGCUUCUCUCUCUCUCUCUCUUUCUCUCUCUCUCUCUCUCUCUCUCUCUCUCGAUGUUUACUGGUAGUGUCUAGUAGUUAUCAUGUUGAUGGUUGGAAACAGUGCUGAAUGGUUAAGUGAUAAUUCCACCUAGUGGUUAAAGUGAGAUAUCAACUCAAUAAAGGUAAAAUAGUGGUAUUAUAGACUUGCCAAUGGCUCUUUUUCAAUGAAACCUUCCUUUAUUCUUCCUCGGAUCCUCCUUCCUCUGCUCCUCAGAACACUUUGGAUAAUAUGGUCCAAGAGGAGUGACCUUGGACCUUCUCCUCUAAUAAGAUUGAAAGGAGGAGAGGAAAUAGGAGGAGAGGAGAUAGGAGGAGAGAAAUCUAGGAAAGACUAAUUGAGAUAGAGCCUUAGUGUCAGAGAGACAUAGAGGAGGAAGAAGAAAAUUAAGAGAAUAAUAAGAAAAAAACAUUGAAUUGUUUUAGAUUUAGAAGAUAGUAUGUAUUCAUGCAAUCUGUAAAAUAAUUGUAUUAAUACUUUUUAUUAGUAUGUAAGUCGCUCUGGACUUCUGCUAAAUGACAAAAAUUUAAAUGUAAUGUAAUUUGCCAUAGGCUUAUGCUUGUUUUUUUAUUUCUUUUAUAUCUUGAUAUUUUUUUUGCAUAUUAAAUUGUUAGCAUAAAUUGCUUUAAUCAUAACAACAAAGUAAAGUAAUAAAGGACCAAUGUUCUUUAACCAGCUUCCUGAUUGAAUGUGAUUGGAUUGUCAAAACUGUGUCAUUUGCAGUUGGACACACACAGAAAGCAGAAUAGUACUGAGAGGGCA